AUGUGUUACCAGGCUCUCAUCGAGGAGGGGAAUGCCGGGAUAUCAGGUCUUACCGGCUUCGGCUGGAGUGGUAGUCCGACACGUUCCGUCGCCACGGCCAUCACCAGGGGGAAGUCCUGGAAGGCAGACAUCAAACAGAGCCAUAACCCGCACGGCUGGGAUGGCGAACGUUGGUGGCAUCGCCUCGGCCAUAUCCUGGUCUCCCACGUCCACCACCUCGAGCUCGUCUUCGCCGUGGUCUGGUCCCAGGCACCUGAACAGAGCUGGUGGGGAUCGGCGCCCGCUAUUAAGCCGGGCAUGAGGGACAGGCCCAGGCUUCCUGCAGUGACGACUCCAUUCGCUUGCCUGGAGUNUCAGUGCUGUGCGGUGGCCUUCAUCGAGAAGCUGGACGGCCAGUCUCUGAACCUGAGCUCUGAGGAGUUUGACCACUACAUGUCGGGCCAGGCCUCCCCCCCCUGGUCACAGCCGGGCGGAGCGUCCUCCAGCUCCCCGGGCAGCGCCGCUCUCAGUCAGGUCCACAAGGGGCUGGACCUGCUCACUGGGCUGGGGGAGAGGCAGGAGAGGGUCCUGGAGGAGGCCCGCCAGCUGGAGAGCGACCUCAUCGACUGGACAGAUGAAGUGGAGCAGAAGGUGCAGAGCGUUCUGGAGAGCUUUCCCCCAGAGACAGAAACCCCUGCUCCUCCCACCGCGAGUGGGACGGCUGUUUCAGCGGCGUCAGCCAUCGACUCUGAUAACGUGGAGAAUGAGCAUCUGCCCCCCCCGCUGACACCCCAAGUGUUUGCUGGUUAAUGAGACACUCCAGCCAUCCCUUCUCAUCCCUGCAAGAGGCCCAACAAUUACACACAGAACCUUUGAAUAAAAUAAGUUAAUAUUGUGGCAUUCCGGUAAAGUACACUUAUUUGCUUUCAUGCAGAAAGUUAGAUUAGAAGAUCAUUAACCUUCAUGUACAAUCAACAUAAAGCUGAGAGUAAAGGCUUGAAACAAGAGGUACACUUUUAGCAGGACCCUUUCCAAAGGCAACACACAUCCGCACACUAGCACCUCGAAACCUCACUGAUUAAAAAGUUACAUUUUUUGUUGUUUAGUAUGAAAAAAAAAAGGUGUAAAAACAAGACCUUUUUUUGUCGCCUUUGGAAAGAGUCAGGCUAGUUUUUCCCGAUGCAAAGCUAAGCCUAAGUGUCAAAGCUUUUGCUCACUCUUUUAUUGGACAGACGUGGGAUUGGUAUUGAUCUUCUUAUCUAACUUUAGGCAUAUUUGUGAAUAAGCAUUUCCGAAGAGUUCCGGAAGCCAUAUUCACUCCAAGUAUUUUGUUACAGAUGCGAUGCGGCCUCUGAGGUGGAGCCCUGACGUUCUGCUUCUCUUCGCCAUGUCCUUUGUUGUUCCCGGGCUUUAGUAAUAUUACCCCAGUGUGCUACUACUGUUGCUUCCUCAAAGUGAGAUGUGCCGGGAAACGCAGACUCCACUCCAAGCUCUUCCUGAAACACAUCUGCAGUACCUCAGUACUUGUCCAUCCGUAGUGUCGUACUUACAUGCUUUCCAAAAGGAAAAUUGGGUGGAUGUGAUUUUUAAUCAUUCUUCUGUCAUUUUUCUUUUUUAGGCACGUUUUUUUGGUUACGUGAUGAGGUCACUAAGGGGCAGAGGCUCAAAGGGUCACACACACAACCUGACAUCUAAUAACUUGACAGGAAAGUUCAGUCACAUUUAUUUUUGGCAAAGGAAAUGGAGGAGUCUGAACGAUGCGAAACUUAACUUCCCUUGUGACUUGUUCUGUGAUUACUGUGUACCUCCCUGUCUUUCAGAGACAUUCAGAAGAAAUGUGUGUGUGGCAGAUUUGCAUGCGGGCAAGUGUGUGUGAAUGUGAGCGUGUGUUUCAUGGACAUGUUCCCUUACUGUCUGUAAAUCAUUUAGUCCUCGCAACUGUGUGUUUAUGGAAAUGUUGGUCUUGUUUUCAUGGCAGACCUCUCACUCCAGUCAUAGGCUGGAUGUACAGAAGUGAUUUUAUUUUUCUAUAGAGAGGCAGGUAUCAAUUAUUUUGGAUGCAAUAGAAGACAUAAAGCCUGUAAUAUUUACAGUAGUACUCUUGAUAAAGAACAUUGCUUGAAGGCAUGUUACAAACAUUAUGAUUGAAUUGUAACAUUCUGAAAUACUCCUAGAGGUUGUCAUAAGCAUGACUCAUCAUUUCAUCGUGACAGGGUUUUUUUCUUUUGCUCUGUCAAGGCUUUUGGAUUUCAGAAGUAAAAAGACGGUGCAGUUUCCCAGAAACGCGCGUCAUAGAAAUUGUUCCAAGGCCGGUUGCUUUACUAGUUCAGAAGAAUAAACAUGAAAUAACCAAUUUAAUAUAUUUGAAAGCACUUUUACUCUGUAUGAUUUUUAAAGCUCCUAUUUCAGAAGUAUAUUUAAUGAAGUAACUAAUGGCUUUACUCAGUUGAAGGGUCGAAGGAGAGUUGCUGAAAACAGUGUUGUUCAACUGCCUUUGUGUUUGGCCGUCACAAUCGAAGAAAUGUUUGGGAUAGGCAAUUUUUUUUUUCUUUGCUCAUGAGAUAAGGUUUCCUUAAGUUGCUAGAUUUUUAUCUUUUUAUCUUUCUUUGCAGCACGUAUAGUCAGUGUGCAGUUGCUGUCCAAUGUUAGUCAAAUAUCCACCUUUUUAAUGCAACCUUAAACAAUAGCUUGAGUAAUUUCAUAUUGCACUGUAAACUGAAGCCAUUAUCAGGUAUUUUAAGGAAGUUUAAAACAUAAUCUUUGUAACCUUAUAGGUUUUUAAAUGUAACACAUGAAAUUAAUUCUGUCUUUUAUUUAAAUGUAACUUAUUAUUGGGGCAGUAUUGGUAUAUUCGCCUCUAUGGGUGUGUGAUGAUGAAUAAAAACAAAA